UGAAGUAUCGCUAUCAAAUACUGAGAGACGGCAUCUGAACUGUUAGACCGGUAUUCGGAUAUUGUCACGCUAGUACUACUUUGAACUUAAAUUGCUUGAACACAGUGUGAUAUAAUCGAGCACUAUGUCAUAUCAUAUCAGAAGAAGAAGAAGAAAAGACAAAUUUCGUACGCGUGUAAUUGAAGUGACUUCCUUUGAUUAAACAUUUGCUUGGUGAGGAUUUUUUGUCAUCUGUUAUAUUUAAAAAAAGUCCGAGAUAUGGCUGGUACCAUGAGACAAUUGGAGGAGCGGCAGCUCCCUGCAGAGGUGACGACGAUGUUGUGGUCACCGAAGAUGGAUCUUUUAGCAAUUAGCAAUGUCAAAGGUGAAGUCGUCCUUCAUAGACUCACAUGGCAAAGAGUAUGGUUGUUGAGUCCUCAAGACGAAUCUGAUAUCACUGCUCAUUUGGCAUGGAGACCAGAUGGAAAGCUGCUUGCGGUAUGCUAUGAGAUUUCCAAGCUAUUGUGUCUUGUUGACGUUGAGACUAAAAAUAUCAUUCACAAAACUAAAUUGUCUACAAACGAAUUGACUGUUUGUGUUAAGUGGUUGCCACUGUCUAAUUCUGAACAUGAAGGUUCAUUAACAAGUGAUAAAACUAAUAAACCUACAGGCGAAUAUCUGCCACCUCUGCCUAGUUUAAUCAGAAGUUAUAGCGCAGAACCUGAGCGGAAAGAAUUUCUGUCUCACAUCCUGGAUAUGCUCUUUGUUGGUCAAAAAGAUGGCACAGCGUUAAUGUAUAUUUUUGGCAUGUUUUAUUGUGGCACUAUAACUGUAGGCCAUGGACCAAUCUUGCAGAUCACAGGUGGAUCUAAUAACCCAAUAUGGAUCACAUGGAAGGAUAAUAAUUAUAUUAAGACAACUAGAGUAUCUUGUCCAUUAUUUGAGAAAAUAGAAUUUCUCAAGGUUGCUCAAAUUCAAGCGAAUAUAGAAUGUUUGAAAGAUUAUCUUUCACGAUCCUUAAUGGCUACUUGCGAAGCUUGGGAGACAAUACUCUUGGAAAUGGAUGAAAAACUCGCACGAUAUGCAGAAGCAAAUCCACCUGGUAGUAUGUCUGCAGACUUUUUAGAACUAUUAAUGAUCGGAAUACCUACGAAAAAUUUAGAAACUUUUCUACUUAGAGAUCUCACAGAGAAAGGAUUAAAAAAAUUCGGACAUAGUAUUGAAAUGUGUUACAGUAAUAUACAAAAACUAGUCUCGAAAAAUUUGACUAGUGUUGGUAUGGCCUUGGUUUAUCAAUUAGCUGAAUUGAGAGGUAUGGUGAGAGUAGGUGACACAUAUGAAGCGUUAGGACUACGUGAUGAAACACUUAUAACUAAUGCCAUUAAUGAAUCUGAAGCUUUCUUGGCAAAAUCAUAUGAAAUCGAACAAGUUAUAGAUCAGAGUAUGCGCAAUUAUAAAGCAUUUUUCCGAUGGUUGUACGUAGCCAUUCUUCAACUAACGGAUGAAAGAGCACCAUCGGAAGUAAGUCGUGUAAGCCAGCAGGAAUUAACAUUUAUAGCAGAAUUUCUGAGUGACUUUGAUAAGCCAAAAACAAAUGGUAGAGUAAAUUUAGAAAAAUUGGGUCAAUAUUUGCGUCAUGAAAAUUUGCAGACUCCCCUGACUUCGGAAGGAAGCGAAUGGGCUACUAUGCUCGAUGCAAACGAUUGCUUGCGCAAUUACGCACAUAUAGUAAAGCAAAAUUUUAAUUUAUCUUUACUACAGUCUCAUGUAAAAUUAGUUGCCACUGUAGAAAAUGUUUUUACUGAAGCCUAUCAGAGCUUAGUUGAUCACUUUGUGAUGAUCUCUAUCUCUUUGCCAUCAUUUACAUCUCUCAUGUCUUCACAAACUGUCACAAGCGAUGGAAAUUUCUUGUUAGCUAUGAGCGAGAUUGACAGCAAAUUGUUAAGACUUUUUAAUAUAAAAUAUUUGUCUAUAGACCCUAUCUCUCUUACUUCAAAGAUGAUCACGUUAGAUGUGAGUCAGAAGCAAGGAGAAUGUUCAAAAGAAAACAUUGAUACUGUGAUAGUAGAUCUGCAAUUUUACUCACAAGAUUAUCUGAGUUUGCUUAUAUUGAAUAAACAAACUCAUGCAUCAUUUCUUAUACAAAUGCCAUUACAUAGUAUGCUUGAAUAUCAAGAUAAUGAUGCAAUAAUAUCAAUAACUGACAUCAUCGGUGCAACGUGGCCGAAACCAUUUCAAGGAAUAUCUGCGAGACGACUAGCAGUCAGUGGUUCUCGGAAAGUAGCUGCUAUUUUGAAUGAAAAUAAUAGAAAAAUUCGUUUACUCGAAACUGAAGCGGAACCUGAAGAUGAGGAAGAUGAAGAAGAGGAGGAAGGACGUUUUGUGGAAGGUAUGAUGGAUACUACACCUAGUGCAUAUUUUCCUGCAGAAACAAAAACUGACGUACAAGAGUUCUACAAGGAAGAAAACUGAAGUAAAAUAUAUUUAAGGAUUUCCUGGACCAAUAACAUUGUUAGUUCCAAAUUGCCAGAACAUGAAACGAUGAUGUUCAUCAAUAC